UCAGUAAUGAGUGAAGGUGUAGGCUUGGGCCUAUUUCUAAUGAUAAGAGAUCAAGUGAAUGCAAGAUUAAAAUUCAACAAAAUUCAAAAAUAAAACAGACCCUUACCUCUGCCGAAUCUUCAAGCAUUUCUUCGUCUAUAUCAGGACCAAAAUAAUCAAAUUCCAUCUUUUCUACCACAAUCAACUGCGACCUUCGCUUUUCUUCCAAAAAAUAUGCUGAACCGGAAAUGAGGAUACCCUACAACUUUUUCGAUAACACUGUUGUGAAGAUGAGAAUAAUCGCCUUUUGUUCUCAGCUCAGUGUCCUAUCCAGUCUCCCUUCCACGAUCUUUGAUUGGACUUCAAAUGUGUCUAUUUGUAGACAAAAUUAAAUACUGUUGUUAUAAGUCAUCAAGCAUAAACUUGUAUCUUCAUAUUUGUGUGAUGAAUAACCUGACAUCAAUUUCAACUUUGAAUUAAACUGAUGUACAUUUUCACCCUCUUUAUUUUAUUUCCUGUAUAGUCAAAUGAAUGCAAAGGUAGUUCCAAUAUGGAGUUGCUUGGUGCUAAGCGAUGUUUUGGAUACCUAAAUGAUGCCGGGAUAGAGGUCUCCAAUUUUAUAUCAGACAGACACUGAGUGGCCAAAUGGAUAAGGGAGUCUUUACCACAUGUCUAUCAUUAUUAUGAUAUUUUGCAUGUUGCACGUACCUUAACCAAGAAGGUAACAAUAGCUAGCAAGGAGAGAAAUUGUGAGAUAUUGGGUACCUGGUGUUCAGCAAUCCGCAACCACCUCUACUGGUGUGCAACAUCGACAAAGGAAGGUUUUGGGAAACUCAUUGUGGCAAAAUGGAAGGCUUUCUCAAAUCACAUCCAGAACAAGCACAACAACCACGAAGACAAACUGUUUCAGAGGUGUGCACAUGGAGAACUAGAUCAUAAACGUAGAUGGAUUCUCAAUGGAACUACUGCAUAUGACAAGAUUCAGCCAAUUCUAAUGAAUCAAAGCCUUCUACAAGACAUUGCGAAAUUGUCAUCAAAUGCACAAACCAGCUGUCUUGAGGGUUACCACUCUACACUGAACCAAUGGCACCCAAAAAUGACACAUUACUCCUGGAUUGGCUCUCUGUGCAGUUGGUUAAGUCUGUUCUAAUUAGAGAAGAGGUUGAAAGAGAUGCAGAAGAUGAGGACAGUCCACAAGCAGCCAGUGAAUCUGAUCAGGAUGUGCAGCUUUCAGAUGAGUCAGCUGUUCAAAAGCAACGCGAUUUUGGGUGUCAAGCUGAAUCUCCUUGCACAUCAUGUACAAAGCUGAAAUCAGUGGAGAAUAAAUUGACGCUAUGGAAGAGAAAGUGGAGGCUGCUGCAGUGGAGACUGAGGUAUCAAAAGAGCAAGCAAGCAUUAAAAGCCAAUCCGCCAAAGAUUGUUUCUGCCACUAAGGAGAUUGAGGAAGAAGAUUUGGACACUGAAGAUGACAUACAUUUCUUUGAAACUGAGGAUGAAAAUGAUGAGGAAUAUGUCAUAGAUAAUGAAACCAGCCCUGAUAUUGACAUAGAAGAUGGUAGAAAUCUACGAGAGCAAUCAAAGUUCAUUGUUUUUCUUUCAAAUCUCCUGCUUUUGUUUACUUUCUGCCCUGCAUGCAAAGCAGACGAUCCGCUCAUUGAAACAAGGCAAAAUGGGACAAUGGUGGAAGUGAAAACAAUCUGCGGAAACAGUAGGUGCAAUAAAAGAGAAAAUGUCUGGAAAAGUCAGCCCUUUUUUGAAAAAACAAAACUGCCUGCUGCCAAUCUUUUGUUGACCUUUGCAGUAGUGACAGCUGGAGCAACAUGGGCAAAAAUUGAGAGAGUGUUUCGCCAUAUGGGAAUGGCUCGUAUUUCAACGUCAGUAUUGUAGGACAAGUGGCUUGGGGG